GGAGUCAAUGCCUCCAUGCCAAGGGUCUCCUACAUCAAGGCUGUGGAUAUUUACCUGUGGAUAAGUUUUGUUUUUGUCUUCCUGUCAGUUAUAGAAUACGCUGCCGUCAACUAUCUGUCUACUCUGCAGGAACGCAAAGAAAGGAAACAGCGAGAGAAGAUGGCAUGUACUUGUAGCCUGGCUCAUCCUGGCAUGAUGUCAGCAAGCUACAGUGAGGUUGACGCCAACACCACUGGGAACUACGACAUGCUUGAGGGAAACCGAGUUAGAAGAGAGACCAUGCUGGUUGAACUAGCAAUGGAGAGUGACCAAGUGACAGGCCAUGUUGGUUCCAGGGCUUACAGCAGUGUCUGGAUCGACACACAUGCCAUUGACAUGUACUCCAGGGUCAUCUUUCCUGGAUCUUACAUCCUCUUCAAUAUUAUCUACUGGUCUAUCUAUUCCUAAAGCAGCGGAGUCUCACACGCAGGGGUCUUGUGCAUCCAUCCAUCCACCCAUCUAUCCAUUAUCU